GUGAUUGGUCAGAAGACUCGGUUAGCUGGUGGCCCUCCACUCCCCAGCGGCUACUAGUUCUUUAAUUAACAACGACGACAAUGUUCAUUCGGUGAUUACAGAAGACAAAAAUCACCACAACUGGACAUCAUUCCGUCACCUAUUUGUGCAACUUGCCAUUUGUAACCAUGGAGCAGUCUGCCUCCAAAAGCAGUAAGCUGAAAAAGCUGAGUGAAGACAGCUUGACCAAACAACCAGAGGAAGUGUUUGAUGUCCUGGAAAAACUUGGUGAAGGUUCUUAUGGCAGUGUAUUUAAAGCCAUCCACAAGGAGUCGGGACAGGUUGUGGCCAUCAAGCAGGUCCCUGUGGAGUCUGACCUGCAAGAGAUUAUCAAGGAGAUUUCCAUCAUGCAGCAGUGUGACAGCCCCUACGUAGUGAAGUACUAUGGCAGCUACUUCAAGAACACAGACCUGUGGAUCGUCAUGGAGUACUGCGGAGCUGGUUCUGUCUCUGACAUCAUCAGGCUGCGCAGCAAAACGCUGACAGAGGAUGAGAUUGCCACUAUCUUAAAGUCAACACUCAAGGGUCUGGAAUACCUUCACUUCAUGAGGAAGAUUCACAGAGAUAUCAAGGCCGGCAACAUUUUGCUCAACACCGAGGGACACGCCAAGCUGGCUGACUUUGGAGUGGCAGGGCAGCUAACGGACACCAUGGCGAAGAGGAACACUGUGAUUGGAACGCCUUUCUGGAUGGCCCCGGAGGUGAUCCAGGAGAUUGGCUACAACUGCGUGGCCGACAUCUGGUCGCUGGGCAUCACGUCCAUCGAGAUGGCUGAGGGCAAGCCCCCCUACGCUGACAUCCACCCCAUGAGAGCCAUCUUUAUGAUCCCCACUAACCCUCCGCCAACCUUCCGGAAACCCGAGCUGUGGUCAGACGAUUUCACGGAUUUUGUCAAGAAGUGUCUGGUGAAGAAUCCUGAGCAGAGAGCCACCGCUACACAACUCCUGCAGCACCCGUUCAUCAGCCAGGCCAAGCCCGUCUCCAUCUUGCGGGACCUGAUCACCGAGGCCAUGGAGAUGAAGGCCAAGCGGCAGCAGGAGCAGCAAAGAGAGCUGGAGGAAGACGAUGAUAACUCCGAGGAGGAGACUGAGGUGGACUCGCACACCAUGGUGAAGUCCGGCUCGGAGGGCGCCGGCACCAUGCGCGCCGGCGGAACCAUGAGCGACGGGGCGCAGACCAUGAUCGAGCACGGCAACACCAUGCUGGACUCGGACCUGGGCACCAUGGUCAUCAACAGCGACGAUGACGACGAGGAAGAGGAGGAGCGGGGAUCAAUGAGGAGGCACGCCACCCCCCAACAGCCUAUGCGUCCAUCCUUCAUGGACUACUUUGACAAGCAGGACUCCAACAAAGUGGCCCAGCAGCAGCAACGUCAACAUCAGCAGCACCAGCAGGAGAACUACAAUCACAACCAACCUCAGGAGCAGCCCGGCUACCACGUCCAGUCUAAGAACAUUUUCCCCGAUAACUGGAAGGUGCCCCAGGACGGAGACUUUGAUUUUUUGAAGAAUCUGGACUUUGAGGAACUUCAGAUGCGCCUGAGCGCCUUGGACCCCAUGAUGGAGCGCGAAAUCGAGGAGCUGCGGCAGCGCUACACAGCCAAGCGCCAGCCCAUCCUCGACGCCAUGGAUGCCAAGAAGCGGCGGCAGCAGAACUUUUAAGGCCGGUGACACACACACACGCACACAUGUAUGAGACGUAAUAGUUUGAUGAGUAAGCAACAUUCGUGACCAAAGACAAUCAGAAAUUGUGUUGCCUUAAACGAGGGAGGGGGGGAUAGGCUUUUUCCUCUGUGCUUUGAGAAAAAAAAAAAGUCUGCCUAAAUUGAUGAAGACCACAUUGCAGGACUUCAUUUAUCAAUGAUUCGUUGUCAUGUUACUUUUAUGAAGAUGAUCUUCGGUCUCUGUGCCUCGCAAAAACAAAAUUUGCCAUAGCGAUAUUGAAAAAUGGCGCAUCGAAGUCGUAACAGAACGGUCGCUUCUGAGCCUAUACUCCGUAAGUGACAAAAAAAGAGAAUUCAAUAUUCAGGGAUGAGAAUUUUCUGCGGAUCCGCGGAUUUCCGUGUUUUCCGUCGAAAGUAUCAUUUUCGUGAAUCGUGUAAAUCCAUUGAGAAAAGUAUUUUUUUUUUUAUAUAUGGGGGGAGCGUUAGCCUCGGCGACUCGCGAGCAUUCCCCCGCCCGCCGCGACGGCAUCUUUAUUUUCGGCAGCAUUUUGGCGCCACUUUCAUCACAUCAUUUCCACUUGUUAACUUACACGGAGAACUGUUUUUACACCGCCACAAUGUGAAUUUGCGAUUGGGUUUUCAUCACUUGAAGACGAGUUAUUUAGUCGAACGGGAUCAAGAACUGCUUCAGAUGGGCAUGGCUCGAGAGCCACGUCAUCGUACAACUCGGAACACAGUCCGUAUUUGUCACAGUCACAUUUGCCAUUCUCAUCCCUGAAUAUUGUAUUUCAAGGCACAAAUUCAUCAUAAAAGUUUUCGUACUGUUCGCUACCACUUCAUUAAUUUUCCUCCAUUUUAAUUUGCGUGGGAGGCAACUGGACUCUGAUGUACCGAAGUAAGCCGACACUUGAACGCCACACGUUGUUGACUUAUUAUUUUUUUUUUUUUUUAUGAGCGUCCUGAAUGGGUGAAACAUUUCCAUGUUCAACAGCGUGAAACAUUUCCAUGCUCCCCGUGAAUGUUAACUUUCACACUUGAGAGACCUGUUACACUAUUUAAAUAACUAUCCUCAGACGACACUUUCUGGACCAGAUCUUGCAUUGUAUUGUUUCACACAUUUCUUUUAGUGGCACUGGUUUAACUAUAGAAGCUAAUUUGGCUGCUUUUAUUUGUAACCUUUACUUUUUUUUUUUUGUCUGUGCAUAUGGAAGGACAGCACUAACUAAAGUGUACAGUGCAGUGUGAGAAAAGCGGGUCGUUGUCAUGUACUGUUUACCUUAAAUCACUUUUUUCCCAUUUCACCACUAAAUCAUGACUAUGUCUGACAUGGUUAAUUUAUUACUUUUUUUGUAUAAAGCGCAUGAUAUAAUAAAAGUUACUUUUAGUUAACUGCAA